GUCCACACACUCAGUUUAUGUCUUGUGGUGGUGUACGUACUCACUGACAUCUGGGGAAAGAUUUUAAGCCUGGGAUAUAUAUGUACAUAUUUUGAUGUUUUCUCUGACACCAUGGAUUACUGCACCCUGAAAGGAUUCUUGGUGGUUUUGCUGAUACAACGCUGCACAUCUGAAGGGUUGUCUCCAUCCAUCCAGACCUCCACUGUGGUCAACCACCAAGAUGGCCAAAUCUCACCCAAGGAACCAGAGCUGCCCCCUGCGGAAGUGGUGCCAAUAGUGUCCCCUCCUAGUCUGAAGGAGGUACAGCAGGCUGUCCAGGAGGCCUCCGAGCAGGUGGAGGGUCGCGGAGCAGAAGAAGUUCUGAAGGAGCUACUGGAGAGGGUGGUGGAGGCGGCUUUGGGACAAGUGGAAGGAGGGAGUGAUGCCAAAGAAGAUGCGUUGCAGGGAGCGGUUGAGGAGAAAGCGUUGGGGGCUGAAACCGGGGAAACUGAAGCAGAAGCAGAAGUGUUGAAGGUGGCGAAUGAUGAAAACAUGGGCUUCAAGGAAGGAGACACGAGUGUCGAAGAGAAGCGGGAGGUAGUGGAUGCAUUUGAAGUUGCAGCGGAGGAGGGAAAAGGGGUUGUCGAGGGAGAGGCUGGUGCGGAAACCGGUUUAGAGAUCACUGAUGAGUCUCUGGGAAGUAGAUUCAGUCAGGACAUUGUAGAGGGAGCUGGAGCUGCUUUAGAAGAGACGGCAGGGGAUAUAGCGGUAGAGGAAACAAGGGAGAGGAACAACAGGGAGCAGGAAAUGUCAGAAGAAGAAGAAGGAGAAGGAGUAUCUGAAUCAGAGGAAUCUCCAUCUGUUGUGGAGGUGACGGAAACAACAGAAGAGACCGAACCUAUCCUGGGGGUGGCUGAUGUCGAGCAGGCAGGGCAUGCUUUGGGAAAAGAUGAAGCUGUGGGAGAAGAAUCUCAGGUAGAUGAAAUGGAAGGUGAGGCAAUGGCGCUGCCUUCUGAUAAUUAUGAGAUAGAAACCACACAAACCGCGGCAGGGGAAGCCGUAGAGGAGGAAGAAGAGCUAAACACAGAGAAUGACAGCGAAGGACAUAGAGCACAAGACGAGCAAACCCAUUUAGGGAAGGGAGGAACUGCAGAAGAGGUAGAAGUGGAAGCUACGAGUGUGAGGGAAGCAACUGGAGAGGAAGGUGGCGUUUCAAUCAGGGAGGAAUCAGUGGCGCUGGUGAAUGAGGGAGGUGACCGAAAAGCAGGAGAAGAGGAAGAGAUCACUUCAGAGACUUCACAAGGCGGUGAAAAGGAAGAUCAAGAAGCGCCGGUGAGCUCUGGUCCACAGGCCGGGGACGGCGCCGGAACCACGCUGGAGAUCCAGACGCCAACCCGAAACCCUGCCCUGGGCGGUGCUGAGGAGACUGGAGGAAAUGCCUUUGGUGAUGGGAAUGAAAUCAUCACCCCCACAGAUAACCUUAUGUCGCAUGACCCUGCUGCGGCACGGCCUACACUGGAUAUUUUUCCUCUAGCUGGAACAGCUCAGGCAGAAGGAGCAGAACCGGGGGAGGCCAAAGAGCUUGUCGAAGAUACAGCUGGAGCCACAGAGAUGAAGGAACUGGGCCUGGAGGCAUGGAAGAUUGGGGCUAUUUUUGCUGCAGUCUUUCUUAUUUUGGAGGCUGUUGUCAUUGUUGUCUAUGUCCUCAAAUGCCGUAACAAAACCAGUAUCCCAGCUCUGCAGCGGGCAUGUGAGGAAGGGUGCGUCGAACCAGAAGUGGCCACGGGAAGUGACUGCUGUGACGAAACAUUGCCUGCGGGCAAUGGAGAUACUCAACAGAUAGCCGCACUUGACCCAUCUGAUGUGGCUUCAGCCCUGGCUGCAAAAAAGGAGCAGCAACAAGACGAGAACGCAAUAGCCAUGUCAGACCUUCCGCCCAGCUCCACAGAGGAGUCGGGUAAUACUGGACCAGGACCAGACUCCUCACAGGACCUCAGGACUUCCAUUCUCUAGGGGUUCCAGCUGUUUUUCUGUUCCUAUUGUAUCUAAAUAAAACACAAAAAGCCACUUUUCAACCUUUGCGCCCAACCCCAAUCCACACAGCCAGCGACCGACUUAGACCUUAUGUCUCAAAACCUAAUUAAUUCCAACACAGACUACCUUGGAUUCAGACUGUAACAGCUACUGCAUGUGUGUAUCACAUUUAUAUUUAGUGUAUAUGACUUAAUGUGUGCAUGUAAAUUGAAACAGGAGAUGCUGAAACACAUUUAGUAUGUUUGAAUGUGUGGACGAGAGAACAGAAAAAUACUCUGUACAUGUGCGACUGUGUAAAUGUGAUAAAUUUGUUUCUAAUUUGGCGUUUGUAUUUAGGCUGUAUUUAGCGUUUAGGCUGCAAUUGAAGCUGGUGACAGCAACGUUAAAAGGGCCACUUUUCUCAUUUCAUCAGCAGUUUAGUAGAGCAUGUUCACAGUGUGAUAGUUGUGCCAUAAAAUGCCUUAUCCUUAUCUGCACAGUCUCAUUAAGUUGCACAAUACUAGCCUACACACACACACACACACAAAACAAAAGAUUUUUCAUCACUUUAUUCUACAUAACUCUUUGCCUGUCCAUCUGUGCAUUGUCAUUUGAGUAAUACUAAAUUAAAAUGAUUAUGUUCCUUCUUG